UGGAAAUUCGACCAACUGAAAUAAGUACGGAGUACUUAGUUCCAAGUCAAAAAAAAGGAACUGAAUUAUUUUAUAUUGUUAACACAGAAUUCUGUAUAUGUAUAUGCUUCAUCGGGCUUUCUGGAGCACCAUGUAAAUAUCAAGGUGCAGUGGCUGCAAAAUAUAAUAUAGGGUCUCUAAAUUUUUUUCCAUCUCUAUCACCUAAUGAUCGUGCUUGUUUUGUAUAUAUUGCGUGUGGAAUCAUGGCAGAUAGUUCUUUCUAUGCAUCGUUACAUGCUCACAAGAAUAAUAACCAUGAAGAAUCGAAUACAAAUAGAAUAUUAGUAACCAAUAUUAAUACAAAUCAGAUUGUAACUGAUGCAGAUGCGAAUAUGGAUGCGAAUGUGGAUACGAAUGUGAACGUGAAUACGAAUGUGAAUGCAAGUUUAAAUAUAGAUCUGAAUGCGAAUGCAGAUGUGAAUGCGGAUGUGAAUGUGGAUGUAAAUGCAAGUGUGAAUAUAAAUCCAAAUGCGAAUGCAAAUGUAAAUGCAAAUGAGUAUAAUCAUGUGAAUGUGGAUGCAGAUGUGAAUAUAGCAACUGAUAGUGGUGCUAAAAUUUGUAUACAAGUUGAAUCAGUCAAGCGUAGAAAAACUGAAUCAAGUGUAAAGAAAUCUGGUGAUAAAGAAAACCGUGAUAAUGAUUCUCAUAUUAUUCCAGCACGCAAAGUUAGAGCAAUUG